CUCGCUUCCCAUCCGCGACGCGUUUGCGCUCUAGCCGUGCGCUCCCGGUGGAAUCACGUCGCGCUUGCUGACCAGAAGGGGACUCUUGUUAUUUUGUCGGUCGCUGAGACGUCACAGUGUUGGAGAGAACGAGGGAACAGUAGAGACUGAGCAGCAGAGAAGACCACACGGUCGUGACAGCAAAGGCCGUUCCGGGAUAUCGGGCAACUGAGAGCCGCUUAUUUUGUCCUCCAUCAUGGCAAGUGACUCUCCAGCUCGGAGUCUGGACGAAAUCGACCUGUCCGCUUUGCGGGAUCCGGCUGGCAUCUUUGAACUGGUUGAGCUGGUGGGAAAUGGCACCUAUGGACAGGUGUACAAGGGUCGCCAUAUUAAGACAGGGCAUCUGGCAGCCAUCAAGGUCAUGGAUGUCACUGGGGAUGAGGAAGAGGAAAUUAAAGCAGAAAUUAACAUGCUGAAGAAGUACAGUCACCAUCGGAACAUCGCCACCUACUAUGCAACUUUCAUCAAGAAAACCCCUCCUGGGAUGGAUGAUCAACUCUGGCUGGUCAUGGAGUUCUGUGGAGCUGGAUCAGUGACGGACUUGAUCAAGAACACCAAGGGCAAUUCUCUGAAAGAGGAGUGGAUCGCAUACGUCUGCAGAGAGAUUCUCAAGGGUCUGACUCAUCUCCAUCAACACAAGGUCAUCCAUAGAGAUAUCAAGGGACAGAACGUCCUGUUGACUGAGAACGCAGAUGUCAAACUAGUGGACUUUGGUGUUUCGGCCCAGUUGGACAGGACAGUAGGAAGGCGAAAUACGUUCAUUGGGACGCCUUAUUGGAUGGCACCAGAGGUUAUUGCCUGUGAUGAGAAUCCCCACGCCACAUAUGACUUCAAGAGUGAUUUAUGGUCAUUAGGAAUCACAGCAUUAGAGAUGGCUGAAGGAGCACCACCGCUGUGUGACAUGCACCCAAUGAGAGCCCUCUUCCUUAUCCCACGAAACCCCGCCCCAAAACUCAAGUCAAAGAAAUGGUCAAAGAAGUUUCAAUCGUUUAUAGAGAGCUCUCUGGUGAAGAGCCACAUUCAGAGACCCGGCACAGAGCAGCUCAUCAAACACCCGUUCAUCAGAGAGCUGCCCAACGAGAGGCAGAUCCGCAUCCAGCUGAGGGACCACAUCGACCGCACCAAGAAGAAGAGAGGAGAGAGAGAUGAGACAGAGUACGAGUACAGUGGUAGUGAAGAGGAGGAUGAAGAACAAGACCUUGGCGAACCGAGCUCUACCAUCAACAUCCCUGGGGAGUCGACCUUGAGGCGGGACUUCCUUCGCCUCCAGCUUACCAAUAAGGAGCGCUCGGAGGCGCAGCGCCGGCAGCCGAUGGAGCAACAGCAGAAUGAGGAGCGCAAGCGUUUACUAUUGGCUGAGAGACAGAAACGCAUUGAGGAGCAAAAGGAGCAGAGGAGGCGGCUGGAGGAGCAGCAGCAACGAGAGCAUGAGCUGAGGAAGCGGCAUGAGAGGGAACAGAGGAGGCACUAUGUGGAAAUGGAGCAGUUCCGCAGAGAGGAGGGGAGGAUACAUGCAGAGAGAGAACAGGAGUAUAUCCGUAGACAGCUGGAAGAGGAACAGAGGCAGUUAGAGAUUCUCCAGCAGCAGCUACUACAGGAACAGGCAUUACUGCUGGAGUACAAGCGUAAGCAGAUAGAGGAGCAGCGGCAGGCAGAACGGCUGCAGAGGCAGCUCCAGCAGGAGAGAGCCUACCUGGUGUCUUUACAACAGCAGCAGCAGCAGGAGGGAAGGCCAGCAGAGAAGAAACAGCUUUACUACUACAAAGAUGUCAUCACUCCUAAUGACAAGCCUGCCUGGGCUAAAGAGGUCCCGAGGCAGCUGCUUGCUCAUCCACCUCACUCUCACCUACGACAUCAUCAGUCAUUCAGCCAACCAGCUUCAUCCUCUGGCUCUAACGGCCAACUCAGAGCUCAGGCCCCUAGGCAAACCCCAGCCCACCUCCCCAAUAUCCACGUUUCACUGCCCCCUGAGGAAUCUUUAGAUCCAGAACUGAAGCAGAAGAUAAAUCAGCAGUUUAGAGAGUUUGGGGCUCAGAAAUGUCGUCACAGAGGUCGCAGCCCAGGGCACAUCCAGGAGCUCAAACUGGCUGCUGGCCAAGAGUCUGGAUCUAUCCCUGUUUCCAACCCUGUGGUCAAACUGGUGGAGGAGCGAUCUAAGCUGAACAGACAGAGCUCCCCAGCGCUGCAGCACAAAGUGUCCAACCGCAUCUCCGACCCCUCCCUCCCUCCCCGCUCCGAGUCCUUCAGCAGCGGGGGAAUGCAGCCCGCCCGCACCCCACCCAUCCACCGCUCCAUCGAACCACAGAUGGCUCACUUGGUUCCAGUGAAGACCCACUCCAGCUCUAUAUCUGGCUCUCAGUCCCUGCAGGAUCAGACAGGUACAGCUCUGAGUGAAAGCACUGGCGUGGGCUCCGCCAGGCCUGAGAUGCCCCGACAGAAUUCAGACCCCACAUCGGACACCCCUGGACCCCCACUGAACAUCACUGGCAGGGAGGAACGAGAUCGGGAGCGAGACAGAGAUAAGGAUCGGGACAGGACCACCUGGCUGAGAGAAGAGGACAUCCCACCCAAGGUUCCCCAGAGGAUCACUUCCAUCUCCCCAGCCUUGGUCAGGAAGAAUUCCCCUAACGGAGGUGUGGGUCUGGGCCCUCAGGCUGGUUCUCCGCUCAUACAGACUAGUAACCCAGACCUACGAUGCUCAGAGCUCUCUCUGGAUGCCAUACUACAGAGAACGUCCUCCAAUUCAUCAUCUUCCUCCUCCCCUUCAUCUCAGGGAGGCUCAGCUGAGAGGAGAGGUCAAACAAAGCAGGAGAGAUCACCUCCUGGAGACGGUCAGGACACGAAGUCCAAACAGGAGGAAGGCCGUGAAUCGGCCAGACCCAGCAGACCUGCAGACCUAAGUGCACUGGCUAAGGAACUUAGAGAACUGAGAGUAGAGGAGGGCAGCAGACCGCCAGUCAAGGUGACAGACUACUCAUCGUCUAGUGAAGAAUCAGAGAGCAGCGAUGACGAUGGGGAGACAGUGGGGCAUGAUGGGACUGUUGCUGUUAGUGACAUCCCCCGCAUCAUGCCAGCAGUGCAGAGUAGUGGAGAGUCAUAUGGAGGGCUUACAGAGGACUCUCUGGGAGAUGCCUAUAAUAGCUCCAAGGACGGAACCCUGGUCAUGAGAGAGGCAGAGGAGAGGAGGAGAGGCAGUCACACUGAGAGUAAUGGGUUCGGGAAUCACAGUAACCAUGGUAACCUCCCUGACUUGGUACAGCAGAGCAACUCUCCCUCAGCCACACCCACCACCACCCUGCAGGAACUGGGUGACAUGGCUGAGUUUGGUGUAGGCGGGUCCAAAGCGUCCUUUACCCCAUUUGUUGAUCCACGUGUCUAUCAAACCUCCCCAAGUGAAAACGACAAUGAGAACUCAGCAGCAGCCAUGUUUGCUAAUGAGCUGCUGAGGCAGGAGCAGGCCAGACUAAACGAAGCCAGAAAGAUCUCUGUGGUCAAUGUCAAUCCUACCAACAUCAGACCCCACAGUGACACACCAGAGAUCCGCAAAUACAAGAAACGCUUCAAUUCUGAGAUUCUGUGUGCUGCACUCUGGGGCGUGAAUUUGCUGGUGGGGACAGAGAAUGGUCUCAUGCUGCUUGACCGAAGUGGACAAGGAAAAGUCUAUAACCUGAUCACCAGACGGCGCUUCUUACAGAUGGAUGUGCUGGAGGGGCUCAAUGUGCUUGUCACCAUAUCUGGGAAAAAGAAUAAGUUGCGUGUCUACUACUUGUCCUGGUUGAGGAAUAGAAUAUUACACAACGACCCAGAAGUAGAAAAGAAGCAGGGUUGGAUUACAGUUGGAGACAUGGAGGGUUGUGUGCAUUAUAAAGUUGUGAAAUAUGAGAGGAUUAAGUUCUUGGUGAUUGCUCUGAAGAACUCGGUGGAAAUCUAUGCCUGGGCUCCCAAACCCUACCACAAGUUCAUGGCCUUUAAGUCAUUCACCGAACUGCAGCAUCGUCCCCAGCUGGUUGAUCUUACUGUGGAGGAAGGCCAGAGAUUAAAGGUCAUCUAUGGCUCCAGCAUGGGCUUCCAUGUCAUUGAUGUGGACUCAGGCAACCCUUAUGACAUUUACAUCCCCUCACAUUGUGCCAAACAGAUGAAGAUCCAGAGCCAGGUGACACCUCACGCCAUAGUGGUGCUCCCGAAGACUGAUGGAAUGGAAAUGCUGCUGUGUUAUGAGGACGAGGGCGUCUACGUCAACACCUACGGUCGAAUCACCAAGGAUGUGGUGCUGCAGUGGGGAGAGAUGCCUACCUCUGUUGCCUAUAUCCAUUCUAAUCAGAUCAUGGGUUGGGGUGAAAAAGCGAUAGAGAUCCGCUCUGUGGAAACAGGUCAUCUGGAUGGAGUCUUUAUGCACAAGAGAGCCCAGAGACUUAAGUUCCUCUGUGAGCGGAACGACAAGGUAUUCUUUGCAUCAGUGCGUUCAGGAGGCAGCAGCCAAGUUUUCUUCAUGACUCUCAACAGAAACUCUAUGAUGAACUGGUGAUGGCUCUUCCCGCAGUUCGCUCUGCCUCACUCUCUUAUUGGUCAGCCCGGCGACACAUCUCACAAAUGAACCUGAUUGAUAGAGAGGCCAAAAAUGAACUCUUACAACACUGGAGAGACUAACGUGGUGCGGGAAAAGUUAUCUUAAAAAGAAAAAAACCACCUGUUCUAAAUGAAGAGACCUGUUGCCCUAGAUUAUGUUGGGUUUUGCAGAAGCCAUCAUUACUGAACAGCCUGGCAAACUGGUGCCAGUGGCUUUCCAAAUAUUCUGUGUCUGUCUGUAACUCUUUGUCUGUCUCUUCUUUCUGAAGAGACUGGUGCAUUCAAGUGUUCAGCAACUGUAGAAAUACACUUUACACCUGUUCCCUUUUGUUGCUCCUCUUCUUCAUUUUGUCCUUCCUUCUUAAGCCUCUGCUCCUUCCCUCCUCCUUGCUGGAUUUAGUCAUCACUUUUUUAUUCCUUUGACACCCAUGUCCUCCAUUUCCCUCACUCUCUGUCUGCCAUGUCUGGGCUCAUUUCCUGAGAACUGCACCUCGGAGGGCGGAGGAAGAAUAGAUGAAUGAGAUUUAAUUUGAAUUUAAAUAUAUCCCUGUGAGUAUGACAGUGCAGGGAGGACAGCUGAGGGAUGACAAAUCUAUUCUGCGUGUCAGCAGUGAAAGCAAACAGCCUGAUUGAUUUUCUUUCUCCUUUGUCACUCCCCUUCUCCUCCUCCAUUUCCUCCUCUCGCCAUCUUUUCGGGUUCUAAGUAAACUGAACUGUGAUUUAGUGUUUGAUCACAGUUCACUGAUAGAGAUGCGGUGACUCUGCUGUCAUAGGCGGAUCUCAACAGUAUGCAAAGAUGAUGUCUGUGUCCCUUUAAAAAGAAAUUGCUGUUCCCUUCUGUCUUCUUCUCUACUUUCUUCCUCUUUCCGUCUGCCUGUCAUCCCACCCUCUACGCCACCAUCAUCACAACACUCAUCUCCUUGUUGUCACUCUUUAAACUCUGAAGGUGCUGCAUCAGAUAUACUGUAAUAUUAAACAAUGAGAGCAUCAUUCUGCUCAUUCUGGUUGUUUUCUCUUCUUUUCUUUUGUCUGCGUAGCAGUUUGAAGUCAGCCAGUCUUUGAAUCUUGAUGAAAUGUACAGCACAUUUGUGUCUCUGAAAUUAAGAGUGUAUGUUAAUAUGUGUGUGUGUGUGUGUGUGUGAGUUAAGUGAAUGAGUGUUUAACUUAAUGUUGAAAUGAAUCCUGUUCAAUUCAGAGUGGGAUGCUGAAAUCGAUGUUGCUGUGCGUGAACCUUUACCUUAAUGCGAUCAAAGCAACACUGAGUGUGUUUACAUGCAGAUUUAGUUUCUAAGUUGGUGAAUCUCUACACCCCACAUUUAAAAUAGGCAAUAUUAGUGGUUAAUGUUUUGUUUUAUUUCUUCUGGAGUGUGUUUCUGUUUCCUUUAACACAGUAAUGUUUUGGCUGUUCAUGGAUUCAGCCAUGUUGCUGGAGGAGACAUGGCAUAACCCGAACACAACCUCAACAGGAUAUGAGCUACUAACCCGAAUACUGUGUGCAUGUGAUAGCACUCACUGUUGAAAGCUGUGUGGUCCUUUUGAAUCAUGCUCCUCUGAAUCGUGCUUUUGAUUUUGGCUCCUAACUGUUUGUACAGGGCCUAGUAUGAUGUAAGCAAAACUAAAAUGGAGGCCAAAAGAUUCUCGCACACAUUAUUAUUUUUUUUUGCCUGUAAGUUUACUUUACACUGGGGGGGUUUUAGUGUUUUUGUUUUGUUUUUUUAAUCUAAUUUCAAAACAUUACUGAUGUUACUUUUCUUAUCUAGGGGAGAUUGACAUCAACAAUUUGAUUUAUUCUUGGAAAGGAUUUUAUAACACUAAUGAGAGCGGAGUAGUUUGUGCAUACGUCCAUGUUGGAGAGCAAUGUAAUGAAGAUUAGUCUUUUUAUGAUGGCUCUACUAUAGCUUUGGCAGUUUGGUGGCUUAUGCUUAACAAAAUUAAGGUGGCACAAAAAAAAGAUUAAUUCUCCAAUGAUGUAAUGAUCAUUUGAAUUUAUUUUUUUCUCUUCAAUUAUUAAAAGCUUUCUGUUAUAUUUUCAUCAUUUCUGUUUGGGGGAGUGGGCUAACAUUUAGCAAUAAAGCCAAGCUCAAGAAACCGCCGUCUUCCCUGCGUGUGCAUAUGUGAAUGUGUUUGCUGUACAUGAUUAAUGAGCAGGCGCGAAUGGGGCAUUAUUACUGUGUUUGUCUGUUGUGAAAUUCACUCUUCCCAUUGAAAAAUAAUUGGUCAUUCCACUGAGGACUCUACUUUUAAAGAUAAAACCACUGUUUUUUUUUUCUUCUAGUUAUUUCUUUUAUUUUGAAAGAGCAUUACUAAUGUUUUGGGAUUUAUU